CACAGCUCCUCCUACUCCUCCUCAACUUCUCUUCGUAAUUCCUUCAACUUAGCAACAAAACAGUGUAAUUACACGCAUUUACUCAGAAGAAUUCAUUUUCAUGGGCAACACUGACUAUGAUGUCUACACGUCGGCCAGGGUGGAGUCGGGCGUUCACCACCGUGUAGCAGUCCCUCCGCCGCAGCCAUUUUUCAAGUCACUCAAGUAUUCUCUCAAGGAAACAUUCUUCCCAGACGACCCACUCAGGCAGUUCAAGAACCAGCCUCCGUCAAGGAAGUUAGUCCUCGGCAUGCAAUAUGUCUUUCCCUUCCUUGAAUGGGCUCCUCGCUACAGCUUCCAGUUCUUCAAGGCGGAUCUCAUCGCCGGAAUCACCAUCGCAAGUCUGGCUAUCCCUCAGGGCAUCAGCUACGCCAAGCUCGCCAACUUGCCACCUAUUCUUGGCCUAUAUUCUAGCUUUGUUCCACCUUUAAUUUAUGCCAUGAUGGGGAGUUCGAGGGAUUUGGCAGUGGGGACUGUUGCCGUUGCAUCACUUCUGACAGCUUCCAUGCUGGGAAAGGAAGUUAAUCCCAACGAGAAUCCCAAGCUUUACCUUCAUCUAGCUUUCACGGCAACUUUCUUCGCUGGAGUUUUGCAAGCUUCACUAGGCUUGUUAAGAUUAGGGUUCAUCGUGGAUUUUCUGUCGCACGCGACGAUAGUAGGGUUCAUGGCAGGAGCAGCGACGGUGGUGUGCCUGCAACAACUCAAGGGAAUACUUGGGCUCGAACAUUUCACUCCUUCCACGGAUCUUGUAUCCGUCUUGCGUUCUGUCUUCACCCAAACACAUGAGUGGAGAUGGGAAAGUGGCGUGUUGGGCUGUUGUUUCCUCUUUUUCCUCCUGGUUACUAAGUACUUCAGCAAGAAGCGACCCAAGUUCUUUUGGAUAUCAGCAAUGGCACCAUUGACUUCAGUAAUCCUUGGAAGCCUUCUUGUUUAUCUCACCCACGCAGAGAAGCAUGGCGUCCAAGUGAUAGGACAGCUGAAGAAAGGACUGAAUCCACCAUCAGCUGGGGAUUUGGUGUUCGUGUCACCUUACAUGAUGACUGCCAUCAAAACUGGCAUGAUCACUGGCAUCAUUGCUCUUGCUGAAGGAAUUGCAGUAGGAAGAAGCUUCGCCAUGUUUAAGAAUUACCAUAUUGAUGGGAACAAAGAGAUGAUUGCUAUUGGGAUGAUGAAUAUUGCUGGUUCCUGUACUUCUUGUUAUCUUACUACAGGACCAUUUUCAAGGUCAGCUGUGAACUUCAAUGCCGGAUGCAAGACAGCAGUGUCAAAUAUUGUCAUGGCAAUGGCAGUCAUGAUCACUCUGCUGUUCUUAACACCAUUGUUCCAUUACACUCCUCUAGUGGUUCUUUCCUCCAUCAUAAUAGCUGCAAUGCUUGGUCUCAUUGACUAUGAUGCUGCCAUCCAUCUCUGGAAAGUCGACAAAUUUGAUUUCAUCGUCUGUAUGGGUGCCUAUGUUGGUGUUGUUUUUGGAAGUGUGGAGAUAGGCCUGGUUAUAGCGGUUGUGAUUUCAUUGCUCAGGGUGCUUCUGUUUGUUGCAAGGCCAAGGACUUUUGUGCUUGGAAACAUUCCAAAUUCCAUGAUAUACAGAAAUGUUGAUCAGUACCCUAAUGCAAACAGCAUUCCUGGAAUUAUCAUACUCGAAAUUGAUGCUCCAAUUUACUUUGCCAAUGCAAGCUACUUAAGAGAAAGGAUCUCAAGGUGGAUCGAUGAAGAGGAAGACAAGCUGAAAUCAUCUGGAGAAACAAGCUUACAGUACAUUAUACUGGACAUGGGUGCUGUUGGUAACAUUGACACAAGUGGGAUAAGCAUGCUUGAAGAGGUCAAGAAGACUACUGAUAGAAGGGGGCUCAAGCUUGUAGUAGCCAACCCUGGAGCUGAAGUGAUGAAGAAAUUGAACAAGUCUAACUUCAUUGAAAAUAUAGGCCAGGAAUGGAUACAUUUAACAGUGGGAGAAGCUGUUGCAGCAUGCAAUUUCAGGCUUCAUUCACACAAACAUAACCCUGCUAAAGAUGAAUCAGAGCCAUGGAACAAUGUCUAAGCUAUUUUUGAUGUAAUAUAGACCAUAUAUAUAACGACUUUUUUUUUUUUUUCUUUCCUUUGAAAUUUGGGUAAAUUAAGUUAUUCAGAUUUU